CUAUUGCCAUCUAUCUACAUUAUUUAAAUAUGCAUUUUGUUUUGAAAAUAUAUUUCUAACCUAUAUACAAUCUAAAAAUGGCUAAUAGAACAGUAAAAGAUGCGAAAUCUAUUAGAGGUACAAAUCCACAAUAUUUAGUAGAAAAAAUAAUUAGAUCUCGAGUAUAUGAUUCAAAAUAUUGGAAAGAAGAAUGCUUUGCUUUAACUGCAGAACUUUUGGUUGAUAAAGCUAUGGAAUUGAGAUACAUAGGUGGUGUAUAUGGUGGAAAUGUAAAACCAACACCAUUUCUUUGUUUAAUAUUAAAAAUGUUACAAAUACAACCUGAAAAAGAUAUUAUAGUAGAAUUUAUAAAAAAUGAAGAAUUUAAAUAUGUUCGUGCUUUGGGAGCUUUGUACAUGAGAUUGACAGGAUCUUCUUUAGAUUGUUAUAAAUAUUUGGAACCAUUAUUUAAUGACAAUAGAAAGUUAAGAAGACAAAAUAAGCAAGGUAAAUUUGAAUUGAUCCAUAUGGAUGAAUUUAUAGAUGAUCUUCUUAGAGAAGAAAGAUGUUGUGAUGUAAUUCUACCAAGAAUACAAAAAAGACAUGUUCUUGAAGAAAAUAAUGAAUUAGAAGCAAAAAUAUCUGCAUUAGAAGAUGAUAUGGAUGAAGGAAUAGAGUCUUCAGAAGAUGAAGAUAUACCUCCAGUUAAAGAAGAAACUCGUAAAAGAACAGAUGAUCAUGAUAGGGAUAGAGAUCGUCAUAGAGAUAGAGAUAAAAGACAUUCGCGUUCCGAUAAAAAAUCUGAUAGAGAAAAACAGAGAUCGAGAAGUAGAGACAGAGAUAGAGAUAGACGAGAACGAAAACGAAGUAAAUCUCCCAAAAAUCAUUCUUCGCAUAAAGAUAAAGAUAGAGAUAAAGAUCGACAUAGACGAGAUGAUAGAGAUAGAGAAAGAGAUCGAGAUCGAGAACGAAGACGAGAACGUGAUAGAGCUAGGCAUUGAAUUGAAAUAUCAAGAUAUGAAAAAUAUUGUACAGAAUAUUGAUUUUUAUAAUUACCAGGUAAAUAAAAAACAUAAAAUGAUAUAUUUCUUGAAUUUUUUUAUCAUAUAUAUUGCAUUUCGAUUGCGAUUAACAAUAAUGUGUAACAUAUACAAGGAAUAGUUUCGUAUUAAAAUUAUAGGAUUUUAUAUCUAUAGAAACGCUACAUAGUAGCUUAUAAUACCCGUACAUUAUAUGUUGUGACAAUAUUUGUUUUUUUUUUUUUUUUUUUUUAAUGUCAUUCUAUUUAUUCUAUUUGGACUCAUUACUUUCGGUUUAAUAUCAUGAAACAAUGACCAUUUUUACGUUUAUUUACAAAAUUUUAGAGGAAAUUUAUCACUGUCAUUGUUAAAAACAAAUUAUUUUACAAUUUGUAAAAUUACGUUUUAUUUUAAAUGAUAUAAAAAGAUAUUGUAUUUUAAAUAAUCUUUUUUUAACAAUGCAAUGACAAAUUUUCUCAAGCACCAUGUAUUAAAAUAAAUUGAAAAUGUCAUAGCCUGUCUAUAAAUGUAAUCCACAUUACAUGCGUAAUGUCUUAAAUAUAUACAUUUUCACAUGUGUACUUAAUAGUACUUUUUAUAAUAAAAAAUGGUGAGCAAAAUAUAGUAUCAAGUAUCAUAUAAGAGAAACGUGAAUGCAUUUAUCGUGAAUAUAA